AUGUUGGCGAGAUCAGAUACCAAGCACCAAGAUGUGCGGGAGCUUGUGCAGUUUCUGCCUCACGCGCAAUGCACCGGCUUUUGCGUGAAUGGUAGAUGCCUGGGCGCCGUUGCCGAAGUGGAGCAGCAAUGGAUGUGGCCGCAGCAGUCCGGCCUCGACGCUGUCGCACUAGCUGGCGACUUUGCUCGUGCUGGGGGAUCGAAGCUCGCAACUAGCUCGAAAAGCAAGCCAAACCAUGUCACAUCACUAGGUGACCUUCCAACGGCUCUUGCAGCUAGGCCGACGACAUGCCGAGAAUGCGGCAAUCACUGA